AAAAAGUAACCAUAGCGAUAUUAUGUCGAAGUUCCUGUCCCUCUUUUCCAAUCGAUUUCCUAUCAUUGGCAUGAUUCACGUCGGUGCACUACCCGGCACGCCUCUUUAUCGUGGGAAUUUUGAACAAAUCCUCCAACAUGCUCGAGCUGAAGGACAAAUAUAUCUCCAAAGCGGAGUGGACGGUGUGCUUAUCGAAAAUAUGCACGAUAUUCCCUACGCACGGCCACAGGACAGUGUGGGACCGGAAGUCACGGCCGCCAUGACAAGAAUCGCAGGCACAGUGCGUGACAUACUACCAAACGUGCCUUGUGGCGUACAAAUUUUGGCCGGCUGUAACCGCGAAGCCCUCGCCGUAGCUAAAGCCUCCGGGUUACAGUUUAUCCGGGCUGAAGGAUUCGUAUUCGGGCAUGUUGCCGACGAGGGAAUGACCGAUGCUUGUGCCGGAACGCUGUUGCGCUACCGAAAACAAAUUGAUGCGGAACACGUGCUCGUUCUGACUGACAUAAAAAAGAAACACAGCUCACACGCUAUUACGAGUGAUGUAUCGAUCGGCGAAACGGCUCAGGCUGCAGAAUUCUUUCUAUCCGACGGACUAAUCGUUACCGGCACUUCAACUGGUGCUAGUGCUGACCUCGCGGAACUGGAAAGUCUCGAAGGGAGGGUAAAGCUUCCACUCAUCAUUGGGUCAGGUCUCACGGUCGAUAACCUGCCCGACUACUGGAGGCUGGCGCAAAGCGCAAUCGUUGGAUCGCAUUUCAAAACCAAUGGUCACUGGAGUGCGGAACUGUGUGCGAAACGUAUCCAAAUAUUCAUGGAUCGUAUCAAUGCCCUGCGACAAACCGGCGGAUAACGAAAGGAAAACUA